GAUAAUCCGACCUCUCCUACCAAAUAACUUGACUUUCUUUUGACGCCAUUAACACCAAUAGUAACCGAUUGAUGCCCUCACUCUCUCCCUGUGUUUGUAAAAUCCAGAGAAAAAUAUAGCACUGUCCAGACACAGAAGGAGCAUUUGUCAGAUUAGGGUUCUAAUGCCCGCCCAUUUAUUAAUAAGGUAUAAUCACCCACUCUGAAACUCUCCAAACAAUAAUUUUUCACACCAAGAUUUGAGACCCAUAUAUUCUUGAAGUAAGUGGAGCUGUGAAGAAAUUGUGGCCACUUGAAAAUUUUAGUACAUGGUAAUGGAGGAACAACCAAUUAUGGAUGGUUCGUCUGCUGAUGAAACUAAGGAAGAAGAAGAUGAUUUUAGAAGCUGUUGCGAGGAUGAGGAUGAAGUGGAGGAUAGUGAAGAACCCGGAAAGGCAGAUUUAGAUGAAGAUCUUGAUGAUUAUUCUGUAAAGAUGUAUUUCAAGGGUGUGUCUAUAGCUGGUCCCGGAGAUUUUGGUUCUAGGCUUUCUGGAAUCGGGGUGGUUAUGGAGAGGUCACGUGAUUUAUCUCCUAUUCGAGUGCAGAAAAAGCUCGAUUUUUAUGUGGAAGAAUCGGUGGCAGAUUAUUUAGCUCUGCUUGAUGGCUUAUUAGAGGCUGCAGAAAAAAAUAUUAGGCAGGUUUUCGCCUUUACUGACUCUGAUAUCCUAUAUGAUCAAAUUACAAAAGAUGAGGAACUUGAAAAUCCACUUCUUGCGGCGCUGAGGCAAAGGAUCCUAGAACAAGCUAGUAAUAUGGAAGCCUUUGUUCUAAAAUUUGUCCGAAGUACUGAAAUCCAAAAGGCUGUACAAUUAGCCCAGGUGGCAGUUGGAAUAGUCUCGACUCCUGUCGAAGGAGAUAAAUUGACUGAAAGUUGUUCAAUCUGUUGCGAGGAGAAGUUUUCAUCAAUGAUUAUCACGAUCAAGUGUUCACACAAAUUUUGUUCUGACUGCAUGAAAACUCAUGUUAAGGAGAAAUUGCAAUCUACUCGUGUUCCCAUUAGAUGCCCUCAUUCGAGUUGCAAAUACUGUAUUUCCACCCCUGAAUUUAGCUCUUUUCUUCCCGUUACCUCUUACGAAUCUUUGGAGAGGGCCCUCAAAGAAGCAAAUAUCCUUGACAAGAUUUUCUGUCCUUACCCUAAUUGCUCGGUUAUGCUUGAUCCUCGCGAAUGCUUGUCGACUAGGGCGAGUUCAUCGAGCCAGACGGACAACGGCUGCAUGGAGUGUCCUGUUUGUCGGGGAUUCAUAUGCGUCGAUUGUGGUGUUCCUUGGCAUACUUCUAUGACUUGUGAAGAAUAUCAAAAACUCCCAUUAGAGGAUAGAGAAGCUUGUUACAUAAGUCUGGUACAGAAUAAAGGGUGGAGGCGUUGCCAGCAGUGCCACAGGAUGAUUGAACUCAAUCAUGGUUGUUACCACAUGACAUGCCGGUGUGGGCACCAGUUUUGUUAUUCUUGUGGUGUGGAAUACAGGGGUGGCCAACAGACGUGUGAAUGUUCAUUCUGGAGCGAAGAUUAUUCUAAUGAAUCGGCAAAUUAUCCUACCCAAGAGUUUGAACAAUGGGCAUGGGAUUCAUUUGAGUCACUUCCGAUGAUGAUGGAUGCUUAUUCAGAUCAAGAAAAAUCACAACUGGCAUUGAUCCAGAGGUUCCUUGCAGGGGCGUUCAGUUUGACGGAUCAUCAACCACAACAAUCCCCACCUCGCUGUACAGAUUCCUAUGUUGAUCCCAUGAAAGAUCUGCACCAGCUACCUUGGCUAGAAAAAUUUGUGUCCGUUAUGAGCGACAAUUACUAUGACGACUACAUCCAAUGAAGACGAUUAGCAUUCCUAUAAUGUUUGAUUUACGGGGGAAAGAUGAUCUUGCUCUCUCACUGUCUGGACAUAUAUAGCGAAAGACCCUUUCUCAUUCAGUUCUCCUAUUCCUUCUUGCGCUCAAAACUUAUGAGCUUAAAUUCCUUUGUGCAAGGAUUAGGAGUGUAUACAAUACAGAGCUUCCCUCUUGCAGAAGGAAGAGGAAAGUAUUUAAGGAAAACAAAAGGAUAAAUGUUUUUGACAAUUUAAAAGGCAAUGAAGUAAACAGUUUUUUAUGUUCUCUAUAUGUGAUUCAGUCCUUAUAUAGGAUUGGCAUUUGACAGUGAGCAUGGUGCUUGCUUCUUUCAUA